AUGAAGGAGUACCGCGACGUCGUAGUAAAGUUGUUUGCGAGAGGGGUGAAGCGGAAUUUCAUCUAUACCACCAUCCGUUGGUACCAGGAGACGGGUUCGGCCAAGGACCGUGCGAGAUCUGGGCGCUCACGUUCGGCAAGGACGCCAGCAGCCCUCAAGGUGGUGAGGGAGCGGGUUCGUCGAAAAAUGAACCGCUCAAUCCGGAAGACCGCUGCUGACCUGGAUGUGUCAAUCGAGACUGCCCACACCAUCAUGACGAAGGACCUGCGAUACAAGCCGUACAAGAAACGCAUGGUUCACGGGGUAACGGAGGCUACAACGAAGAAGAGGCUGGACAGAACCAAACUGAUACUUUCGCGGCACGCAGGUCAGGAGUUCGUGUUUUCUGAUGAGAAGCUCUUUGUCUUGCAACAGCCGCACAAUGUCCAAAAUGAUCGGCUGUGGGCGUCGACGUUGGCCAGCAUCCCCCCGUCGAAAAUAAGCAUCCCGCGAUUCCAGAGCGCCGCGUCGGUAAUGGCUUGA